AUGGACCCCGCCGUCGAUAAGAUUCUUGCUGGCAAGUACCCCGCCAAACAACAUGCCAGACGCGUUGCAGAAGCCCUCAAGGCGGCCGGCCAGGACGGAUCAGGCGUCAUCUAUCUAGAGGGGACAAAAACUCGUAUGGCAGAAGACAGCGACGAGGCCGUGCCAUUCCGCCAACGUCGUAACUUUUACUACCUCUCCGGCUGCGAUCUGAGCGAUUCGUACGUGACCUACAACAUUGACAAAGAUGAGCUCGUUCUCUACAUUCCUCCAGCGGACCCCGAUGAAGUUAUCUGGACCGGUUUGCCGAUGAGCGCCGAAGAAGCCCUCAAAGUAUACGAUGUCGACGUGGUUCUGCCAUCUACUGAGGUUAAUGCCCAGCUUGCUCAUUGCUGCGCCAAUAAAGACUCCAAACCGAAGCGAGUCUACGCUAUUCCGGACCGUGUUUGUCCCGAAACGACAUUCCUCCCGUUCGACGACACCAACUGGGAUGUUUUAGCCCAGGCAAUCGAGCAGUGCAGGAAGGUCAAGGAUGAAUACGAAAUUGCGCUUCUUAAGCGUGCCAACGAGAUUUCCGCGCAGGCCCAUCUUGCAGUGAUGAAGGCGUCCAAGACGGCCAAGAAUGAAAGGGAGCUGGAGGCUAUUUUCCGCAGCACAUGCUUGUAUUAUGACAGCCGACAGCAGUCGUACGGCCCGAUCAUGGCCCGUGGCGUCAAUGGCGCGACGUUGCAUUAUCAGACCAACAACAUGGAUAUCGAUGACCCGGUCACAGGAGAGAGACCCAGUCUUCUCAUCGACGCUGGCGGCGAAUAUCGGAUGUAUGCGUCUGAUAUUACCCGUGCGAUUCCUCUCUCUGGAAAAUUCUCCCCAGAAGCACGCCAGAUUUACGACAUCGUGCUGGACAUGCAAAUGCAGUGCUUUGGCAUGAUCAAGGCAGGCGUAGCAUGGGAUGAUGUGCAUGCGCUUGCUCACAAAGUUGCUAUCAAGGGCCUCGUGAACUUGGGCAUCUUGCGCGGCUCCGAAGAAGAGCUUUUCCAAAAGGGCGUGAGCGUUGCGUUUUUCCCACACGGUUUGGGCCACUAUAUGGGCAUGGAUACCCACGAUGUCGGUGGGAAUCCUAACUUUGCGGAUCCAAACCCCAUGUUUAAAUAUUUGCGCCUUCGGGGAACUUUGUCACCAAACGAGGUGGUGACCGUUGAACCUGGUGUAUAUUUCUGCCGAUUCAUCAUUGAACCAUACCUCAAGUCGCCAGAAUUGAGCAAAUAUAUCGACUCUGCUGUACUUGAUAAGUACUGGAAAGUCGGAGGUGUCCGUAUUGAAGACAACCUUGUCGUCACUCAAGACGGUUUCCAGAAUCUUACUACCGUGCCCAAAGACGCUGAGGAGGUAGAGAGGAUUGUACAACAAGGGGUACCUGCCUUUGUUCUUGUCAGUAUAAACGAUAUUUAA